AUGUCUCCCACAAGGCAAACUGUCCAACAUCCCUUCAAAGCCUGGAAGUUCCUUGUUAUUGCCACGACAAAACCCGUCGAUGUCUUUAAAGUUUUGAUGAAAACAACACUGAUUUUUUGCAUUGUCGCUUCGAUUUCUCUUGUCUCUUUCUUUUCUUUGUCAAGCCAAUCGCGAUGGUUUGGUUGCCCACAAUGUGAUAGACGGUUUGGGGACUCCGCUUACCAGAAGAUAACCGACGGCGAUGUGGGCAGACUGGGCUAUGAAAGGACCAACAUUUCUCAUAUCUUGUUUGGGAUCGGAGGUUCGACGGCAACGUGGAGUGAACGUCGGCGUUACUGUGAGUUAUGGUGGAAACCUAACGUCACACGCGGAUUUGUCUGGCUCGAUGAGAAGCCUGCAGAGAACGAAACGUGGCCGGAGACCUCUCCACCGUACCAAGUCUCCGGAGACACGUCGGGAUUCAAGUACCCGAGUUGGAGCGGUUCUGCGUCUGCAGUUCGUAUUGCGCGAAUCGUGAAGGAGAGUUUCGAACUAGGUUUGGAGAAUGUGAGGUGGUUCGUGAUGGGAGACGAUGAUACGGUGUUCUUCACUGAGAAUUUAGUGGCGGUGUUGGCGAGGUAUGAUCAUAACCAGAUGUAUUACAUUGGUGGGAGUUCCGAGAGCGUGGAACAAAAUAUGAUACACUCGUACAACAUGGCCUUUGGUGGCGGUGGGUUCGCCAUUAGUUACCCUUUGGCUGCUGAGCUUGUUAGGAUUUUGGACGAGUGCAUUGACCGUUAUUAUCUAUUCUAUGGCUCUGAUCAGAAGAUCCAUGGUUGCAUAAGCGAGAUUGGAGUGCCUCUCACCAAAGAGCUUGGUUUUCAUCAGGUUGAUAUUCGGGGAGAUCCUUAUGGUUUUCUGGCAGCACACCCAGUGGCGCCGUUGGUGUCUCUUCACCACAUUGACUUCGUGCAGUCAUUGUUUCCAAGCAUGACCCAGAUUGAAUCGCUGAAGAGGCUGGUCCGCGCCUAUGAGGUUGACCCGGGUCGAACCCUGCAGCAGAGCAUUUGCUACGAUUUCAGUCGUAAUCGGUCGGUUUCAGUGGCCUGGGGUUACAGCGUGCAGCUGUAUCCAUCGUUGGUGACAACGGAGGAGCUGGAAACGCCCUUUCAGACAUUUCAAACGUGGCGGAGUUGGGGCUCCCAGCCCUUUACGUUCAACACCCGGCCCAUGAGUGAGGAGCCGUGUGAGAGACCCAUCAUUUACUUCUUGGACCGGGUUCAGAUGACAGGGAUUAAUGGUCAGACCCUGACCACCUAUGAGAGGCUUGGCUUUCAGCCAGAAAAGGACUGCAACCAGUCUCACUAUGCCCCGCUCUUGGCUGUUCACUCAUUUAACGUCUCCGCUUUUCAAUUAAGGCCUGAAUCGUGGGAAAAGGCACGACGUAGACAAUGCUGCGAGGUGGUCGACGGUACAGAUGGGGUGGAAAGCGUCGUUCAGGUGAAGAUUAGAGAGUGUAGUCACGGGGAGAUCCUGAGCCCGGCAUCCAAAGUAGACACCAACGGAGGAGCCGCCUCUUAGGGGCCACAAGUAAAAUGGGCAGGUGCGAGGCUGCGAGCUGGUACCCGACCUCUCGGUGGAUUUGAGUUUAAGUGUACUAAUAAGAGUAAAAAAA